CCAUGCUCGUCAGUCUCAGGGAUCGGAUAUUUUCCAUCAACCUCCCCCUUCCAUCAGCGUCGCCUCGCCUUUCCAAUUCGGUCGCUGCCUUCGAUGACGGCACCGUAGAUGAGCAUUCCUUGAACCUUCCCACGACCGACCAGCCAUGGCGCCGCUCGUCGACAACCCGCAGAUCAAGAGCGCCGACCUGUUGCGGCCCCUGCCUCUCUACCAGCACGCAUACAUCUGGCCCUUUGCCGUGAUAUGGCCCGUCUUCCUGCGCUUCUACCUCACCCCUGAGCUCUACGACAAGCACAUUCAAGCCCCAGAAUGGACGUUCGUUUGGGUCGGCACUAUCGUCACCCUGCAGACUCUCGUGUGGCUCUGCACCCACUGGAGCGUCAACCUCAACGCUGCCUUUACCGCCAGAAAGGCCCGCUCCGUUGAGGAUGCCCAACUGAUCAAGGUCAUUCCCAUUGCGAACGCCGGGACUGCCGACAUUUGCAAGCUCUCGCGCGAUAAGGUCGGCGACAAGACCAAAAUAUCGUUCCUAUUCCAAAAGCGCCGCUUUCUGUACAAUUUCGACACCAAGUCGUUCAGGACCCUAACAUACGACAUCGACGCCGAACCGAGGCCGAAGCUGGAAAAAUUCCAAACAUCCAGGGGCAUCACGAGCGCCGAGGAGCAGCAGCGCCUCGAGCAGCACUAUGGCACCAACACGUUCGACAUCCCCGUUCCUACGUUCACCGAGCUCUUCAAGGAACAUGCCGUGGCCCCCUUCUUCGUGUUCCAGGUCUUCUGCGUCGGCCUGUGGCUGCUGGACGAGUACUGGUACUACUCACUGUUCACCCUCUUCAUGCUCGUCAUGUUCGAGAGCACCGUCGUCUGGCAGCGCCAGCGGACCUUGACCGAGUUCCGCAGCAUGAGCAUCAAGCCGUAUGACAUCUACGUUUUCCGCCAGGGCAAGUGGACCGAGAUCCAGAGUGACAAACUGCUACCGGGCGACCUGGUGUCCGUGACGCGAACCAAGGAGGACGGCGGCGUCGCCUGCGAUAUGCUCCUGGUGGAGGGGACCGCCAUCGUCAACGAGGCUAUGCUUUCUGGCGAGAGUACCCCGCUUUUGAAGGAUUCCAUCCAGCUCCGGCCCGGCGACGCCCAGAUCGACUCGGACGGCCUAGACAAGAACUCAUUUCUGUGGGGCGGCACCAAGGUGCUCCAGAUUACACAUGGCAGUGCCGACGUGGAGCGACUCAAGUUGGCUUCCGGUGUUCCCGCCCCUCCGGACAACGGCGCCAUGGCAAUCGUCACCAAGACCGGGUUUGAAACUUCGCAGGGAAGCCUGGUGCGGACCAUGAUCUACUCGACGGAGCGCGUCUCGGCCAACAACACCGAGGCCCUGCUUUUCAUCCUGUUCUUGCUUGUCUUCGCCAUCGCCGCCUCGUGGUACGUCUGGGACGAGGGCGUGCGCAGGGACAGGAAGCGCUCCAAGCUACUGCUCGACUGCAUCCUCAUCGUCACGAGCGUUGUGCCGCCCGAGCUGCCUAUGGAGCUGAGCUUGGCUGUCAACACCAGUUUGUCCGCCCUCUCCAAAUUUGCCAUCUUCUGCACCGAGCCAUUCAGAAUUCCCUUUGCCGGCCGCAUCGAUGUGGCCUGCUUCGACAAGACCGGUACCCUGACCGGGGAGGACUUGGUGGUUGAAGGCAUUGCCGGCCUUGCUCUCGGCCACUCCGGAACCGAUACGCCCCGCGAGCCUGAUGGCGCUCACAGCCAUAUAACCCCGGUUCACGAUGCUGGCAUGGAAACGACCCUGGUCCUUGCGACCGCUCACGCGCUGGUGAAGCUCGACGAGGGUGAUAUUGUCGGCGACCCUAUGGAGAAAGCUACGCUUACUGCCUUGGGCUGGAGCUUGGGCAAGAACGACGUCUUAACGAGCAAGCCUGGCAGUGCGUCAACUGCAGGCAUCACUGGCUCCGUCCAGGUCAAGCGCCGCUUUCAGUUCUCAUCGGCCCUCAAGCGCCAGAGCUCUGUUGCCACCAUCAUUGCGACCGACGCCAAGACCGGCCGCAAGCUGAGGGGCACCUUCGUCGCCGUUAAGGGUGCGCCCGAGACAAUCAUGAAAAUGCUGGUUACCAUCCCGAAAGACUACGAAGAAACCUUCAAGUACUUCACGCGCCGUGGUGCCCGUGUCUUGGCCUUGGCGUACAAGCAGCUUACUACUGAGGGCGAGCUCGGCGCGAGCAAGAUCAACGACCUCAAGCGCGAGAACGUCGAGUCCGACCUUGCCUUCGCCGGCUUCCUGGUCCUCCAUUGUCCCCUCAAGGAAGACGCAAAGGAGGCUGUCCGGAUGCUCAACGAGAGCAGCCAUCGUGUGGUCAUGAUCACUGGCGAUAACCCGCUCACCGCUGUCCAUGUCGCCAAGGAGGUCGAGAUUGUCGAUCGCGACGUUCUCAUCCUUGACGCCCCCGAGCACAGCGUCCACGGCGAGGAGUCCCUCAUCUGGCGCAGUGUAGACGACAAGAUCCAGAUUGACGUAGAUCCUACUAAGCCCAUUGACCCUGAGAUCAUCAAGACCAAGGAUCUGUGCGUCACUGGGUAUGCGCUAAACAAAUUCAAGGACCAGGUCGGCUGGAAGACACUUCUGCGGUACACCUGGGUGUAUGCUCGGGUCUCGCCCAAGCAAAAGGAGGACAUCCUGCUGGGUCUGAAGGAUAUGGGCUACUACACGCUCAUGGCAGGUGAUGGCACCAAUGACGUGGGCGCUCUCAAGCAGGCCCACAUCGGCGUGGCCCUGCUCAACGGCACCCAGGAAGACCUCACCCGGAUUGCAGAGCAUGCUCGGAAUACCAGGAUGAAGGACCUCUACCAGAAGCAGGUCGAUUUGAUGGCGCGCUGGGGUCAGCCGGCUCCUCCUGUUCCUCCCAUGAUCGCCCACCUUUACCCUCCCGGACCGUCCAACCCGCACUACGAGAAGGCCAUGGAACGGGAAGCGCAGAAGAAGGGCGUCCCCGUGGAACAGCUUCUCAAGGCGAACGGCACCAAGAUCGAGACCGUCACCUCGCCCGCCGCCCAGCAGCUCAUCGACUCGGACCCCCGCAAGGUCAAGCAAGCCGAGGCGGUCAAGAAAGCUGCCGGCUUCGCUGACAAGCUGACGCAGUCGAUGAUGGACGCCGAGAUGGACGACGGCGAGCCGCCGUCGCUCAAGCUGGGCGACGCCUCGGUGGCGGCCCCGUUCACGUCAAAGCUGCGCAACGUCAUCGCCAUCCCCAACAUCAUCCGUCAGGGGCGGUGCACGCUGGUCGCCACGAUCCAGAUGUACAAGAUCCUGGCGCUCAACUGCCUCAUAAGCGCGUACAGCUUGAGUGUGUUGUACCUCGAGGGCAUCAAGUUUGGCGACGGACAGAUCACCAUCAGCGGCAUGCUCAUGAGUGUUUGCUUCCUGUCCAUUUCGCGCGCGCGGUCGGUCGAGGGCUUGUCCAAGGAGCGGCCCCAGCCGAAUAUCUUUAAUUUCUACAUCAUUGGGUCCAUUCUGGGGCAGUUUGCCGUCCAUGUCGCCACGCUGAUUUACAUUGCACGCUACUGCGAUGUGCUGGAACCACGCUCCGAAAUGCCGGACCUCGAAGCAGAGUUUAAGCCCUCGCUCCUCAACUCGGCCGUGUACCUACUCCAACUCAUCCAGCAGAUCUCAACCUUCGCCGUCAACUACCAGGGCCGGCCCUUCCGCGAGUCGCUGUCCGAAAAUAAGGGCAUGUUCUACGGCAUUCUGGGCGUCACGGGCAUCGCGUUUGCAUGCUCGACCGAGCUCAUCCCGGAGCUCAACGAGGCCAUGAAGCUUGUACCCUUCAAGGACGAGUUCAAAACGACUAUUACGGCUGUCAUGGUGAUGGAUUAUGUGGCGUGCUAUGUCAUCGAGGUGGUGCUCAAGUGGCUGUUUAGCGAUUUGAGGGCGAGGGACAUCGCCGAGCGCAGGCCGGAGCAGCUUGAGAGGGAACGGGUGAGGAAGGCGGAGGAGCUGAAAAAGAAGGAGGAGGACGAGGAACGGAAGAGGUUGGAGAAGGUGGCGGAGUUUGAGAGAAAACUGGAGGAGAGGAAGGCGGCCUUGAGAGCGAGGUUUGAGGGCCGGGCGGCGCAUGGGGCGUGAUUGGGGUGGGGAUAGAUAAAUAGAUGGAUGGAUAGGGAGUGAGAGGUUGAAGAUCGGGGUUAUUUGUUUGUGUAAAGUGUAUAGUUACAGACGAUAGACGUGAUGGAAGCGGCGUGGCCCCGGUGGAUUUGUACUCCGAGCCGAUGCAAUGGUACAUCUCCGUCGACAAUGCCCAGGUACUAAC